AUGGCAGCGCGUUUUAAAAAUCGUUCUUUGACGGGAAAAUUUGAGAAAAUACAAAAAAGAAAUCGAGGUAAUAUUAUAAAAUUACAAGAGGGGCUUCAAUCUUGGAAAAAUGAAAAUAUUUCAAGCGAGGUUGAGGAAAACAAAGACGAAAACGAAGAGUUUGAACCAGCGACGGACAUCGUGAUAAAUACAAGGGAAAGCACGGUAGGCAACGUAAACACCGAGACGUUUUUAUCAUUGUAAACAUUUAGGUCUGUUUAAAAAAUUAUAAUUCACGUACUCCAUGAUUUGGCAUUAGGCAAAACAAGAAAUAAAAGAGAAUUUACCUCAAGGAAGCCGAAUUGUUGACAUAAACCAACUGAGAAAAGGAUUGGGGAGUUGUUUAUUUUGCAAAGAAGGUAAACAAAGGCAAAUGUGAAGCAUUUAAUUUCUCCACUUCAAAUACAGAAUUAUUUAGAUUCAAAAUUUUGAUAUAAUUUGGUCACUAUAUAGUUAUAAAAUAAAGUACUGUUUUCAAAAUGUACAAGUGUCAGUUGAUUAAAUUUGUAUAAAUAUAUUAUAAGUUCUUUCAUUGUUUGCAUGAAGAUAAAACAUAUAAUAGUUUUGUUUCCACAAACAAAAAUAUAUUAUAAUUAUGAAUUGAUGUAAAGGUAUGAAAUAAACAAUAAAAACAAUGGCAAUACUCUAUUAUUUUUAAGGACCACUGUCAUUGAGCAAUGUACAACAAGAAAAGUUAUAUGGUCUAGCUAGCAAGCUAUAUAUUCAAUGUCAGUUUUGCGGUCAAACCAAUGUUGUUGAAACAUUACUCGCCCACAAGUCUGGAGCCUCUGGUCCAAUGGCAUAUGACAUCAAUACAAAGUCAGUUUUAACCAGUCUUCAUACCGGAAUUGGUGAGACGCAUUUGAAUGGCAUUUUGUCAGUUACGAACAUCCCAACCAUGACCCGGGCUUCAUUCAAAACCCGUGAGCGAGAAGCUGGUAAAGCCGUUGAAGCAGUUGCAGGACACACGUGUGUUGAAACUAUAGAAAUAGAGAAAGAACAUGCAAUUAAAAUUGGUGAAACACCAGACGAGAAUAAUCUUGUUCCAAUUUCAUGCUCGUAUGACAUGGGUUGGCAGAAACGUGGCAAAGGUUUCAAUUCAAACACAGGACAAGGAGCUGUAAUGGGCUUACACACUGGAAAAAUAAUGGACUACACAACAAAGACAAAAACAUGCAGAAUUUGUGAUCAUGCAAAAAAAAUGAACUCUACUCCCCGUAAACAUGACUGCCGAAAUCAAAAGCUAUGGAGCCUACAUCUGCAGUUUAGCUGUUUAAUAACAUAA